AUGACGAGACAGAGCAGCACAUCGGCGACGAUAUUGCCGGUAACGGUGAGCUCUGCCAUGGCGGCGGCUGCUGCUGCUGCUGCCAGAAACGAACCUCUCCGAUCGGCACACGCUGAGGCCUCUUCCUCGCUAGGACGACUGUUCAUCGUCGACCCUCGGGGUCGCAUCUACAGGUGGUGGCAGAAGUUCCUCAUCGUGCUGGUGCUGUACUCGGCGUGGGCGUCGCUGUUCGAGCUGGCCAUGGAGAGAGCGGCGGCGUCUCUCCCGCUUGUUGCCACGGACCUGGUGGUAGACGCCUUCUUCGCCAUCGACAUUGUCAUCUCCUUCUUCCUCCUCCCGUACCGUGACACCUCCGCCGGCCUCCUCGUAACCGACCGCGUGAAGAUCGCCAUUGGGUGCCUGAGACGGCCCCGUUUCGCGCUCGAUGUGGUCUCGACGAUUCCUUUUCAAAUAAUCCACCGGCUUGUGACCGACGAAAGACGAGGGCUGUGGGGGUUCCUCAAUCUUCUCCGUCUGUGGCGACUAUGGCGCGUCGGCGAGCUCUGCUCGGAGCUGGAGAAGAACGUCAGGCUCAGCUACCUGUGGACCAGGCUCACCAAGAUCCUCUGCGUGACGCUGUUCGCGCUGCACUUCGCCGCCUGCAUCUACCUGUGGAUGGCGUUCAACUACGGCGUCAAGGAGCUCACCUGGAUCGGCAGCGUCGUCGGUGGGUUCGAGCACCGCGGCGUGUGGUUCUGCUACACCUACGCGGUGUACUGGUCCGUCGCCACGCUCGCCACGGUCGGCUACGGCGACCUGCACGCCGCCAACACCGGCGAGAUGCUGUUCAGCAUCGCCUUCAUGCUCUUCAACAUGGGCCUCGCGUCCUACAUCAUCGGCAACAUCACCAACCUCGUCGUCCACGAGACGUCCAGCACCUUCAGGAUGAGGGACAUGGUGCGGCGGGCGUCGGAGUUCGGGAGCGCGAAACGGCUGCCGGAGCCGAUGAGGGAGCAGAUGAUGGACAGCGUGCAGCUCAGGUUCGGGGCAGAGGAACAGCUGCAGCAGGAGGUGCUGUCCGAGCUGCCCAAGGCCACGCGGCUGGGCAUCAUGCAGCAUCUGUUCAGGGGAGCGAUCGAGAGCUGCUACCUGUUCCAUGGAGUCUCCGACAGCCUCAUCGUGCAGCUGGUCGCAGAGAUGAAAGCAGAAUCCUUUCCCGCCAAGGCGAACAUUAUCCUGGAGAACGAGUCCUCGACGGACUGCUACGUCGUCGUCUCCGGCGAAGUGGAGGCAUGGACGGCAACCCUUGCAGACGGGAAGGAGAGGCACGUGAUGAGAAUCGGACCUCGGGGCAUGGCAGGGGAGAUCGGGGUGAUGCUCGGCGUCCCGCAGCCAUUCGCCGUCCGGAGCAGGACGCUCACCCAGGUUGCUCGCAUAAGCCGCGCCCAUCUCCUCCAGACUGUCCGGCCUAACACCGCAGAUGGGUGCGUCGUCUUCUCCAACUUCAUCCGGUACCUUGAAUCUAUGAAGUUGCAAACAAAGGAGGCGGCUUUUGUCAGUGAUCUUCUUUGGAAUGGAAAGCCAACAACGAUUUUGGGAAGGGCAGCCACCAUGCUCGAUGUAGAUGAAUCGAAGGAGACUGCUCGCAAAAUGCUGCCUUGCAAGGAGCCCAAACGGGUGGUUAUUCAUGAGCAACUUCUCAGUGAGACCGGCGCAGCUUCAAGGGGGAAGCUGGUCUUGCUCCCAGACUCGCUGCAAGAACUGAUGAAGCUCUUCGAAAAGAAGUUUGGAAAGGCUGCAGGAGGGAUCCUUACUUUGGAAGGCGCUGAGGUAGAGGACAUCGAAGUGAUAAGAGAUGGCGAUCACUUGUUCUUUAGUUUGUAA